AUGUAUUAUAGUAAUUAUAAAUCUACCUAAUCCCGGUUAGAAAGUUCUGGAUUAAGGAAUAAACUUAUCUAAUCUAAAGAAUAGCCUAAGAGUUAACAAAAAUCUUAUUAAUAAUAAGUCCUUAAGAGAUUUUACUAAACUUAAAAUCUUAGUAAAUUACUUAAUUAAGGUUAAAAGAAAUACUCUAUGAAUAAAGAAUUAAUUUCAACCGAUAAAUAUGUUCAUACAACACCAAGGAAUGCCACACCUAAAACUAAUCGUGUUAAUUAGCAAGUAUCUCUAAUUAUAAUAUGAUUAUAGUAUUAUUUUGCAAAACAAACUAAAUUGUAAACAACUCUUCGCUUAUCUGAAUAAAUAAGUAAAACAUUAUAGUCUGUGUUUAAUAAACCAAAUCAUCAAUUUAAUAAGGAAUAUUCACAAUCUAAAUUAAAUUAAACAAACACUGAUAGAAAAUAUAAUGUAAAUUGUUUAGAUUCCACUAAUUUAAUUCAAAAAAUUAAAACAGAAAAUGCAGAAAAAAAAGUAGCAAUAGAUAGAAAUGAAAAUGCACAACAUCAUUUUAGUUUAGAUGAUUUUAUCACUUAAGUGACAACACCAAAUCUUUCUAAAUCAAAAUUUAUGAUAUCACCUUUUAAAUAAGCUAAAUCUUUAUCUCCUUCUAAUAGAGUGUUAUCAAUAUAAAAAAGUAUUUAUUUGAUAUAUUUUUUAGAUAACAUUUAUUAUGUUUCAACAAUGUUUGAAUCAAUGAGAAAUUGCACAAAUCAGAUAAGUUAAAUAUUUAAGGAUCAUGCUAUUUAAACUUUCAAUUGCAUUGAUUUUUGUAUGAAUUAAAAAGAAAAGGAUAUUAGUCAAUUACAUGUAAAAAUGAUACAAUGGCCGAAGAAAAAUACUAAAUGUAAAAUAAUCUUAGAUUAAAGUUAAUAAAACAAUUGUUUUUGAUCUAGACGAGACAUUAAUACAUUGUAAUGAAAAUAAUACAAUAAAGUCAGAAAUCUUAUUGCCCAUAACAUUUCCUUCUGGAGAAAUUGUAUAAGCUGGAAUAAAUGUAAGACCUUGGGCAAAAGAAAUAUUAUAAAAAUUAUCAGAAGUUUGUGAAGUAGUUAUUUUUACAGCAUCACAUAAAUGUUAUGCAUCAUAAGUUAUAGAAUCUAUAGAUAAGAAUAAAGUAGUAUCAGCAACAUUAUUCAGAGAUAACUGUAUUGUAACUAAUGAAGGUGUUCAUAUAAAGGAUCUUAGAAUAUUAGGUAGAGAUAUGAAAGAUAUUGUUUUGAUUGAUAAUGCUGCAUACAGUUUUGGAGUGCAUAUUGAAAAUGGAAUACCAAUCAUACCAUAUUAUGAUAAUAAAGAUGAUAAAGAAUUAAAAUAAUUGUAUGAUUUUCUGAUCACUAAUGUUCUUCCUUCAUUUGAUUGUAGAAAAGUCUUACAACAAACAUUUCGACUAAGAGAAUUUGCAAAUUACAUUAGUCCAAAAACUGCAAUUGA